AUGGCGACUCGCAACCAAAAUCGACCUCCCAAGAGUCCUUUCCAUAAAAAGGAUGGCGGAGAAGAAAUUCCCUUUGAUAAGCGUCGGCGAAUCGGCGGAGGAACAAGGUUAGCGGGGCCCACUGCAGCGAGUAGGGCGCGGCAGGUGCUUUCCGCUGUCAAUUCGAACAACCAAGAUACUGCUAGUGAUACGGCAUCGGUUGCCGAGGGGUCGGAGCAUGUUGAAUUUACUAGGGAAGAUGUGGAGGCGUUGUUGAAUGAGAAAAUUAAAGGAAAAAAGUUUGAUCUCAAGGGUAAAUUGGAGCAAAUUUCGGAAUCGAAUAAAAAGCUUAGGCUUUGUAUAAAAUGGUUUCAAGGAGUUGAGCAAAACCUCAAUCAAGAGCAGGAAAGGCUGCGUAAUUCAUUAGAUGAAUCGGAGAAGAAAUGCUCGGAAAUUGAGAUUGGGAGGAAGAACAAGGAGGAUGAACUUAAUGCGAUUGUUGGAGAGUUGAGACAUAAUGUUGCAGCUUUGGAGGAGAAAUUCGCAAAAGAAGAGUCAGAUAAGCUGGAUGCAAUUGAACGUCAUAGUCGAGAAAAGGAAGGGAGAGUUGCUGCAGAAGCUCUGAAUGCUUCCCUUUCCCAGGAGCUCGAGAAAACCCGUCAAGAAAAAAUGACUGCUGACCAAAAGGUAGUAUCAGUCAAUGAUAUGUACAAGCGCUUGCAAGAGUACAAUACAAGCUUACAGCAGUACAAUAGCAGGCUGCAAACAGAUCUUGCAACAGCUAAUGCAACACUUCAAAGGGUGGAGAAGGAGAAGUCUACAAUUGUAGAGAAUUUGGGUACCUUGAGGGGACAUUACGCCUCCUUGCAAGAUCAAUUAACAGCUUCAAGGGCUUCCCAGGAUGAGGCUGUAAAGCAAAAGGAGACAUUUAUGAAUGAAGCUAAUCGUCUACGAGGCGAGUUGCAACAAGUCAGAGAAGAUCGUGAUCGGUUGCAUUCACAAAUGAAGUUCCUAACUGCUGAUAUCGAAAAGCUUAAAGAGAGUACAGGAAAAUCUGUAGCUGAAUUGGAUAACAUGAUGAUCAAGUCAAAUGCCUUGGAGGAAACUUGUGCAUCACAAAGGGAACAAUUGCGUAUACUUCAACAUCAGCUUGCUUCUGCAAACGAGAAACUUAAGAUGGCCGAUCUAUCUGUUUCAGAAACAAAAACUGAAUAUGAAGAGCAGAAACAAGAGAUAUGUCAAUUGAGAAAACGUUUGGCAGAUGCUGACCUUCAAAUUAAUGAAAAGGAGAUGUUGAGGAGGAAGCUGCACAACACUAUUUUGGAAUUAAAAGGAAACAUUCGUGUCUUCUGCAGAGUGAGGCCUUUACUACCUGAGGAUGGCUGUGCUUCAGAUUUACCAGUUAUUUCAUAUCCUGCCUCAGAUGAAGGACAUGAGCAAGGCAUUGACCUUUCACAAAGUGGACAAAAGUAUGCUUUCACUUUUGACAAAGUUUUUACUCACGAGGCCUCACAGAGUGAUGUAUUUUCGGAAAUAUCAGAGUUGGUGCAGAGUGCACUUGAUGGAUAUAAGGUUUGUAUAUUUGCUUAUGGUCAAACGGGUUCAGGCAAAACAUAUACCAUGAUGGGCAGGCCUCAGUCCAUGGACCAGAAAGGGCUUAUACCCCGCUCUUUGGAACAGAUUUUUGAGACUAGCCAAAGGCUCUCUGCUCAGGGCUGGAAGUAUAAAAUGCAGGCAUCAGUACUGGAAAUUUACAAUGAAACAAUCAGGGAUCUCCUAGCACCUAACCGAACAUGCUGGGAUGCUACACGUACUGAAAAUGGCGUUCCUGGAAAGCAGUAUGCAAUUAAGCAUGACGCAAAUGGGGAAACAUACGUUUCUGAUCUUACUAUUGUUGAUGUCUGCAGCUCAAAAGAGGUAGCUUCUCUGCUGCAUCAAGCAGGUCAAUGCCGGUCUGUUGGCAAGACACAAAUGAAUGAGCAAUCAUCAAGAAGUCACUUUGUCUUUACCCUGCGGAUAACUGCAGUAAAUGCGACCACUGAAAAGCAUGGUGUUUUGAAUCUUAUUGAUCUUGCUGGAAGUGAGCGGCUCUCUAAAAGUGGCUCAACAGGAGAUCAAUUGAAAGAGACUCAGGCCAUAAACAAGAGCUUGUCCUGCCUGGCUGAUGUUAUAUUUGCUUUGGCCAAGAAGGAUAACCAUGUCCCUUUUAGGAACUCAAAGCUUACAUAUCUUCUCCAGCCAUGCCUUAGUGGAGACUCCAAGACGUUGAUGUUUGUCAAUCUUUCUCCCGAACCAUCAUCGGUGAACGAGUCACUUUGCUCCCUCCGGUUUGCAGCCAGAGUCAAUACUUGUCAGAUAGGAGUUCCUCGCCGUCAGACAGCUAUCAGAUCGGCUGAUUCUCGUUUAAGCAUAGGCUGAGACGUGAUUCCUUCUCUCUUUUUAUCUCUUAUAACAUCUAAUCUCACAACCACACCUCCCGUUGGUAUAUGGUACAUGUAUGAAAUUUGUUCCUAGAGUUGUAAUCUGUAUUACAUAUAUUUACAUGAUGGGCCUGCAUUGGAUUUGUAUAAGCAGCUAUAGGUUGCAUUAAUUGGUUUAUUCUGAUUUGUAUUGUAAUAUAUUGAAUCUGAGGGCAAAGUUUCCUGCUUGCCUGACUGCCUAUAAUACCUGAUUUAAAUGGGUUUCUGCUGUGUCGAUUUUAUGUAUCUAUUUUCUUCACAUAAUAAAUCAUAAUUUGAUUUAUGCAAAUUCAAAAUAUUUUACAGUGUAGUCAACAGAUUAGUUGAAGAGAGUUAUUCAAAUUACUGUAGGUUCAUUGUAAGUUUGUAACUAGUAUGAAAAUGAACUCAUGCAUCUGUUCAUUUAUAAAAAUAGCCUUGGGAUCUUGAU